AUGAAGACAGCCGCAGCAGCUCAGCCACCUGCACCGGGAACACCUUAUAUUGUGUGGGGCUCACGCCAACCAGCUGGCCGAGGUGGUGGUGCUGGCCAAGGUGAUGGAGCUAGACAGGGUAUUGGUGCUGGCCAAGACGGUGGUGCUGGCCAUGGUGGUGGUGCAGGCCAAGGUGAUGGAGCUGGCCAACGUGAUGGUACUGGUCAAAGUGAUGGUGUUGGCCAAGGUGUGGUGCUGGCCAAGGUGAUGGUGCUGGACAAAGUGGUGGUGCUGGCCAUGGUGGUGGUGCUGGCCAAGGUGAUGGUGCUGGACAAGGUGGUGGUGCUUGCCAAGGUGUGGCGUGGUGCUCUCCACGGUGGUGGUUAUGGCCAAGCUAGUGUUGUUGGACAAAGUGCACCAAAAGAACGUAAUGUAUAUAGUGCACCAAAAGAACGUUAUGUAUAUCGUGCACCAAAAGAACGUAAUGUAUAUAGUGCACCAAAAGAACGUAAUGUAUAUAGUGCACCAAAAGAAAGUUAUGUAUAUCGUGCACCAAAAGAACGUAAUGUAUGUAGUGCACCAAAAGAACGUAAUGUAUAUAGUGCACCAAAAGAAAGUUAUGUAUAUCGUGCACCAAAAGAAAGUAAUGUAUAUAGUGCACCAAAAGAACGUAAUGAAUAUAGUGCACCAAAAGAAAGUUAUGUAUAUCGUGUACCAAAAGAACGUAAUGUAUGUAGUGCACCAAAAGAACGUAAUGUAUAUAGUGCACCAAAAGAACGUAAUGAAUAUAGUGCACCAAAAGAACGUUAUGUAUAUCGUGCACCAAAAGAACGUAAUGUAUGUAUUGCACCAAAAGAACGUAAUGUAUAUAGUGCACCAAAAGAAAGUUAUGUAUAUCGUGCACCAAAAGAAAGUAAUGUAUAUAGUGCACCAAAAGAACGUAAUGAAUAUAAUGCACCAAAAGAACGUUAUGUAUAUCGUGCACCAAAAGAACGUAAUGUAUGUAGUGCACCAAAAGAACGUAAUGUAUAUAGUGCACCAAAAGAACGUAAUGAAUAUAGUGCACCAAAAGAACGUUAUGUAUAUCGUGCACCAAAAGAACGUAAUGUAUGUAUUGCACCAAAAGAACGUAAUGUAUAUAGUGCACCAAAAGAAAGUUAUGUAUAUCGUGCACCAAAAGAAAGUAAUGUAUAUAGUGCACCAAAAGAACGUUAUGUAUAUCGUGCACCAAAAGAACGUAAUGAAUAUAGUGCACCAAAAGAACGUAAUGUAUUUAGUGCACCAAAGGAAAGUCAUGUAUAUAGUAUACAAAAUAGAGUUACACAAGCGAAG